CCGAAAUCUUCCGGGUCACGAAGAUGCAGCGGCUCGCGCACUAGUAGGCUAGUAUACUAAGCUAGCGCCUAAAAAAUAAGUAAUAGUGGAAAUUGGAGUCGUCACGUUAUAUGGAAAUCCGCUUUUCUCGCUCUGUUUUCAUUCGGAAUUCAGUUUAUAAACUUUUCCGUGUGAGGCCGACUAGUACUUUGGUGUCGCGGCUUGUAAAGGGAGCGGUAAGUAAUUCGCUAACUAUCCGAGGCAACAGAUAGACUGCCGGGGACUUUUUACUCUGUGGCUGCUGGUCGGGCUCCCCAGUACGGGCACAGCUAACCCUGUCUCCUUUGAACCCAGGUCUUUGAGGGUGCCCUGGAGGGCCACACGGAAAACGAUUUCUGUUUUGAAUGCCGCGUAAAUUUUAUUACAGCUAAAUCACUUACUUGUAUGCGAUGCAUUCUUUACCUGGUGAUUAUUAUUAUUAACAGGUUGAGAUUGUUAAACUGCAUCACUUCUGGAUUCAGCCUAUCUCAGUUACAUCUUGUUAUUUUUUUUUUAUCUGUGCAUAUAUCUGAUUGUGCUGUAUGCUUCUUCUUGAGUUCAUUUUUUGUGUCAAAUGUUUUGCCGUCAUUUGCGCAAGCAGCAGCGCUUAUGUCUGCGACUAAAUUCAAGUUCUCCAGGGAUCCAGCUAUCACUGUCACAUCAAGGUAAAAGUAAUGUCAAGACUGCGCCCAAGAUCUCCCGUGCAUCCGUACAGAUUGAGUGCUUCGAAGAGGAGGAGCUCGGGGCAUUUUGAAGAUCAUCACUGUCCCGACAGCCAUGCUAUGGAUUUUGACUUACACAGACAGGUUGGUGAGAGAGGCGACACUUGGCCCCAAGGAGGCAGGUGGCACCAUGAGGACCGGCCCAGGGCAGGGUCACCCGACCAACACCGGAUGUGGAAGAGAGGCCGUUCCCGUAGUCCCCUGAGACGAUCGCCUCAUUCUGGGAGCACUGUCAGGCGACGUGGAAGCCCACCAUCAGCACUGGACAGGGGUCAUGAUGAACACCGACACUCUUCUGGAAGAUGGCCACAAAGCCCAGAGCAGCGGAGUGGCAGUGGCAGCCGGAGGGGCGCAGCCUUCCAUGACAACUUCCAGAGGUAUCCCGAAGAAAGGGUUUUCUCCAGGAAAAGGGUGCUCUCGCCAGACGCUCACUAUGAUGCCAGGCCCAACCUGAGAGACUCGCCUCCUGGAUGGGACAGGGAUAGCCAUAGCAGUAACCAUCAGGAGCAGCAAGAAUGGGUUCCAGAGAGAGGAGCAAGGGAGCACAGAGAGACCGCCUUCUACCAUCCUGGACGAAGACAGAGGUUUGUGGAAGGUGCUCAGUCAACGGAUUUCCAGCACUUGCGGGAGAGAUCAGGGAGGGAACAUCGGGACCCCAGCAGCCCAGGGCGGGGGCACGUCAUUGUGGAAUACGACCAUGGAAUCUCAGACCAUGGUCCACCCUCACAGGUCCAUGGCUACUAUCGUAGUGAACACCAAAGACACGGUCGUGAAGAGCGAGACUGGUCGGGAGAGGAGCAGCAGGAGAGGGUUCGUCCUGGACAAAAGGAGCCCAGAGUUGGGCCAUUGCAGGACAGGAGGAGCCCCGUGCGCGAAAGGAGGAGCCCCGUGCGCGAAAGGAGGAGCCCCGUGCGCGAAAGGAGGAGCCCCGUGCGCGAAAGGAGGAGCCCCGUGCGCGAAAGGAGGAGCCCUGUUCGGAAUAAGGGGACCUCAACCCAAAAUUUGCAAAGACAGCAGGAAUCUCAGACCAAGCCCAUGUCUCAGGACCUCCUUAAUUGCCUGGCAAUGGAUGCUAAUGGGGAUGUUGACCUUCGAUAUGUUGGACCCAGUUUAGCUACAAAGAAAAUGCUGCAAAUGCCACUGCAGAACAAGAUCAAGGCGACAGGAAGGCGGCCUGACAAAGGGGAGAAGACUCCCACUGCAGCAUGUGGCAGAGACCGCCCCCAGGAGACUCUCACUAUCAAGGUGGACAUGGGGGGCUCUGCAGUGAGACAAAGCCAGUCCCUGUCCUCUGCGGACCGGCAGCUGUCUUUGGACCUGGUCAGCGUGGGCCGGCAGCGUCUGGACUUCCUGCCGGCACUGGAGCAAUUGGGUACCCAUGGAGAGAACACAGCCCAUUCAGGGACCUUCGCCCAGGAGAUCAUCACUCUGGUGCAUCAGGUCAAAGAGCGCUGUUUUAAGAGGCCACUCCUGACCCUCAACCAGAGGUUCUCUGAUGUCCAGAGUAGGCAGUUAAAUGAGGACGUGGAGGAGGAGCAGGUGGAGGAGGGGAAGCCUGGACGAGCCAGCAGCCCCCGGAUAAACAGACGCAUCGACAUGUCCCUGUCAGAGCUGAGAGCCUUCCGGAAGGUCAGCCCCAAACAGCGGCGAGCACCGGAUGACCCCAGUGACCUCCGGCAUGACCUGGAACGCCGCCGGCAAGAGCGGCUGGAGGAGGUCAAGGUCACCAUUCCUGGUGUGGGCUUUCACCAGGCCUCUGGGAGCAUGCAGAGUGACACCGAGUUUUCCAGCAAGGCCCAGGGAAGUUUGGGAGGCUGGACGGCAGCUGGGCAGAGGGGCAACAAGGCAGGGGGUGUCUCCGAGAUGCAGCUUGGAUUCACUAGACCCGGUUUCGGUCUGCAGAGCAAAUCAAGCCGCAUUCAGAACCGCCCUGGACCACGCUGGCGCCAGACUGAAAACAGUGCCAAAGGUCAGCUGCAGAGCAGCUUCGUGCCCACCUUAUGUUUGGUUCCCUGAGGCUGUUUCUGUGUGUGAGACAGAGAGAUGGGUCAUGUGUGUGUGCUCGCUCUCCCCCAGCAUGUUCUCUCUCUCCCUCUUCCAGUCACCGAUUGGUGAGUUGGACAGAUGGAAGAUACUCCAGCAAAUGAAGAUGCGUGAGGCUUGUAGAAGCGCUGGGUGACCUGUGGCCCUGCAGCUUCUGUGUGUAGCAGUAUGCCCUGCCAAAUCCGAAGGGAGCGCUAUUCCUCUGUUGUACCUCCCUGGUUGUGUCUGAGGCAUACGGUCUGAACUGCGGGGGAGGGCGGUUCUGAGUACGGACAUGCGGGAGGGCAGUAACACUUUGGGAGGCCAUGUAACAGACACGUCUGCUGCUUUAUGCUGCCAGCUGUUUUGUGGUCUCUUCUCAGCUACACCGCAGGGAAUCAGGGCCUGAAUAAAUCUGCGUUUUAAAA